AGGUGACGUCCUGUCUGAUCUCAAGGAAAUCAGUGAAGCCAAUAAAAGCGAAUUAAAAGCAGUUUCCUGUGAAGUACGAGAGACGUGGCUGAAAGAAGCUGGUAAACAAAGUGAGUUUGUGUCUUUCAGCUGGACCAGCAGCCCCUGAUCCCAACAUGUUUCCGUGACGACGAGCCUGCAGUCCACAGCGGACCCCUCUGGGACCAGGUACCGUCUGGACUCCUCCUGUGACACACUGCUGUUAACCAUCCUCUGACUGGCGACUGUCACCUGCGUGUCAGCAUGCAGCUGACCUAUCAGAAGCUGCCAGCUCAGCUGAGGCGAAGCUCCAGACUGAGGAAGCUGACCGUCGUAUUGCUCGCUGCCUACACCGUCAAAAAGCUGUCGCCGUACGUCUGGAGGAGGAUACAGAGGAGUGCAGCAGGUAAACAGUUGGGUGGAGCUAAUCUACCUGUGGGCGUGGUCAGCACCUCCUCCUCCAGCUCUGUGGACAACAACAACGAUGUGAAGAAGAGAGACAGCAGGUCCCCCUCAGUGAACAGGGAGUUUGUCCUCAGAUUGUCCCAUCUGUUGAAGCUCUUGUUUCCACGGUUACUGUGUCCAGAGAUCGGACUAUUGGCUCUGCACUCAGUCACUCUGGUAUCCAGAACCUUCCUGUCCAUCUACGUUGCCGCUCUGGAUGGUGCGAUCGUGAAGUGUAUCGUCCAGAAGGAUCCUCAGGCCUUCAUGCUGCAGCUCUCCAAGUGGCUCCUCGUCGCUGUUCCUGCAACUUUCAUCAACAGUGCCAUCAGAUUCCUGGAAGGUCAGCUGACCCUCAGGUUCAGAACCCGAUUGGUUGACCACGCCUACCAGCUCUACUUCACCAACCAGACUUACUACCGUGUCAGUAACAUGGACGGCCGCCUGUCCAAUCCCGACCAGUCUCUUACCGAGGACAUCGUCAUGUUUUCAGCCUCCAUCGCCCACCUGUACUCCAACCUGACCAAACCCAUCCUGGACGUGGUGGUGACCUGCUACACCCUGCUGCGCACAGCACAGUCCAAAGGAGCGAACACCACAUGGCCGUCCGUCAUCGCCGGCCUCGUGGUGGCGCUCACCGCCAAAGUCCUGCGCUCCUGCUCGCCUCGAUUUGGGAAACUGGUGGCCGAGGAGGCGAAGAGGAAAGGAGACCUGAGAUACAUGCACUCUCGGAUCAUCGCCAACUCUGAGGAGAUAGCAUUCUAUGGAGGACACAAGGUGGAGAUGGCCCAGCUGCAGAGGAGCUACAUGUCUUUGACCUCUCAGAUCCAUGAGAUCCUGCUGAAGCGUCUCUGGUACAUCAUGCUGGAACAGUUCCUCAUGAAGUACGUGUGGAGUGCCUCUGGCCUGGUGAUGGUUGCCGUCCCCAUCAUCACCGCCACAGGAUACUCCAGAUAUGACUCUGAGGAGGUGAAGCAGGCGGCCAUGGUGAUGAAGGAGGACGAGUUGGUGAGCGAGAGGACGCAGGCCUUCACCACAGCCAGAAACCUCCUCAACGCUGGAGCCGACGCCGUGGAGAGGAUCAUGAGCUCGUAUAAGGAGGUGACCGAGUUGGCGGGUUACACUGCUCGAGUGUCUGAGAUGUUGGACGUGUUUGAGGACGUGAAGGAGGGGAUCUACCGUCGCUCUGCAGACAGAGAGGAGGAGUUAGCCGGAGGUGGAGGAGGAGUCAUGGUUCAGCACGGUCAGAGGGUCAGUGGUCGUCUGGAGAUCAGAGGUCAUGUGAUCAGCAUGGAGAAGGAAAUUCGCUGUGAGAACCUGCCAAUCAUCACACCAACUGGAGACGUGGUGGUUUCCAGCCUCAACAUCAAGGUGGAUGAAGGGAUGAACGUGUUGAUCACAGGUCCAAAUGGUUGUGGGAAGAGUUCUCUGUUCAGGAUCCUCAGUGGACUUUGGCCUGUCUAUGGGGGAGUGCUGUACCGUCCAGAACCACAGCACAUGUUCUACAUCCCACAGAGGCCCUACAUGUCAGAGGGGACCCUCAGAGACCAGGUCAUCUAUCCAGAUUCAGUGGAGGAGAUGGUUCAGAGAGGAGUCUCGGAUGCAGAUUUGGAGGAGAUCCUUCGGACUGUCCACCUGCUCUACAUCCUCGACAGAGAGGGAGGCUGGGAGGCCGUCAGCGACUGGAAAGACGUCCUGUCUGGAGGAGAGAAGCAGAGGAUGGGCAUGGCCCGCAUGUUUUACCAUCGCCCUCGCUACGCCCUGUUGGACGAGUGUACGAGUGCUGUGAGCAUCGAUGUGGAGGGAAGCAUCUUCCAGGCUGCAAAGGAUGCUGGGAUAGCCCUGCUGUCCAUCACACACAGACCGUCCCUGUGGAAGUACCACUCUCACUUGCUUCAGUUUGAUGGAGAAGGAGGAUGGAGGUUUGAGCCUCUGGACGCCUCCACUCGUCUCUCUCUGCAGGAGGAGAAGCGGCGCCUGGAGGUUCAGCUGUCAGGGAUUCCCAAGAUGCAGCAGAGGCUGGCGGAGCUGUGUGUCCUGCUGGGUGACAGGGAGGCCCAGGACUGAGCCACAGCCGUGUUCACUGCUUACCGUGGAGACAUGAAGCUGAUUUUAAACUUGUUCUUAAGUUUUGAACUGUUUGAGCUCGACUGUCCUCAGACUGAUCUGGAGUCUGUUUCAUGAAACCAGUUCUGGUAUCUGGUCUGUAACUGGACCAGCUCAGCCAGCUGGUCCAGGUGUGAGCUGCACAGAUGCCAAACAUCAUCACAGAUUGAAAAAUAAUUAUCUAAAUUAAUGUGUGAAUUCCUCUCUUCUGAAAACGUGAUGCCGACGAAACGUUUGUGCCGAUUCCCGUCUGACUUCGACUGCGUGUUCGCCGCGAGGUCGUCAGUGGAUUGUUUGUUUGAUCAGAGUGUCGUUUUUAGUAUCAGUCACCAUCGCAGAGCGACGCAGAAACUUUGGUCAAUCAUCACAUAAAAUCUUUAUUUCAGACAUAUGAGAAUGUUUAAUGCUGAUAUUGACUCUUAUUUUGUAGAAAAUCCAAAAUAAAUGUGAUAAUCACUUUUGUUGUCCGGCGCUUUUCAAAAUAAAGCUUUUACUUGUAAAAGAG